CACCUCCCUCCCCUCUCCCUAUAUAUUAUCAUCCUCCCUACCUCUUUCCUAAUUCUCCAAUUCACCAAUUUACCCCCCAAAAAAAAACACAAACACUUCUUGUUUGUUCUCUCUUUUCAUAUCGCACGCCCACGCCACCAACAACUACCAGUCAUGGGUGAGGAAAAGGAAGCGCCGAAGAAUGACGGUGAGAAAAAGCCGGCUGACGCCGCCCCCAAGAAGGACGACGGGGUGGUCACCGUCGUUUUGAAGACCGACAUCCAUUGCGAGGGAUGCGCCAAGAAAAUCAAACGAGCCGUCAAGAAAUUCGAAGGCGUUGAACAAGUGAAGACGGAUAGUGCAGCCAACAAAGUGACUGUGACUGGGAAGGUUAACCCCGCCGGGCUUAAGGAGAAACUGGAGCAGAAGAUUAAGAAGAAGAUCGACCUGGUCUCUCCUCAGCCCAAAAAAGAUGGCGGUGGCGGUGGUGGAGACAAGAAGCCUGCCGCAGAGGGAAAGGCUGAGAAAAAGGAUGAUGAGAAAAAGCCAGCUGAUGAGAAAAAGCCGGCUGAAGACAAAAAGCCCAAAGAGGCACCCAAAGAGAGUUCUGUGGUGUUGAAGAUCAGAUUGCAUUGUGAGGGUUGCAUGCACAAGAUGAAGAGUAAAAUCUCCAAGUUUAAAGGUGUUAACAGUGUCAGCUUUGACGCACCCAAAGACCUGGUAAUGGUCAAGGGAUUCAUGGAUGUAAAGGAACUUGUACCCUACCUCAAAGAGAAGUUCCGGAGGGCCGUGGAAGUGGUCCCACCCAAGAAAGAUGACGGCGGAGCUGCCGACAAGAAGUCAAAAGACGGCGGUGGUGACAAGAAGGAAAAGGAAGCCGCAGGAGGCGAUAAGAAAGAGAAAGACGGUGCUGGUGAGAAGAAAGAUAAAGCAGUCGCAGCAGGUGACGGCGCCGCCGCAGGAGGAGGAGGAGGAGGAGGCGCCCCCAAGAUGGAGGUGAGCAAGAUGGAGUAUAAUGGAUACCCUUACCCACCUCCUUCUUACUACUGGUACGACGAAGGGCACGUUUACAACCACAACAAGUUUGUCAUGGAGGCUCAAGCGCACCAGGCGCAAGUUAGCCAGGGGUCCUCUAGCCAUGGCUACGCUGUGCCGAUGGAACACUACCCUGCGCCGCAGAUGUUCAGCGACGAGAAUCCGAACGGUUGUUCGGUGAUGUGAGUGCUGAACCGAUCGACCGGUGGUUGGUUUGACGAAGCUUUGAAAUUAAGAAAAAUAUUAUAUAGAGGGUCAAAAUCGGAAUUUCACAAAAAAUGUAUAUAUUACGAGAUGCAGCUAAUACAAGGUUUAAUUAUGAGUAGGAACUGAUGGGAAUUUUGGACUUAAAUACACGGUGUAGUAGGGUUAGACCGACCGGGCGGCCGCCCAGAUGAGGCAGCCGGUUCAGAUGUUGGGUUUGGUUAUUGGUUAGUAUAAUAUAAUUAAACUUUCUGCUAAUUUUUUAGUUGUAUUUUUGAUACUUUUUAAUAAAGAUAUUAAAUCUUAUCUUAA